CCUUGAGCCUUCCACAACCGAAGUAAGGCCAGCCGCCUUGGGCUAAAUUAUAAUGCGAAAUGAAAUCAGUUCAAAACAUAUAGUGCACCAUUUCGUACAAUAAUUUCGGGAGUUAAUUAAGUGCCUUGUAUAAACUUCUUAGUGACAAAAUGGCGAGGCACUUUGUAUGUUUGUUCUUCACCCUGACGCUGUUGGCACAUGGAUUCUGCAUACCCACACAAUAUAGACAUAGAAGACAAAUUAAUGAAUCGCUAGAAACAACAGUCACCCCAACAGAGACAACUCUCGCACCAGUGAACGACAUAUCUUUGGCGGCUAACAAUGACGUCGCCAGUGCCCCGCUAUCAGUCCCCAUCGAUCCUCAAGACGAUGGUGGUGAUGAUGAUGAUGAUAACACAAUCCCACAGGCGCCCAGCGACGGUGGUGGCAGCAGCAUUGGCAGCCUGUUCAAUAUUCUAGGCGCUAUCCUACCCAGUUCUAGCAGUUCGAGUGUAAUGUUACGUAAUAUAAUUAGAACGAUGAUAAAACGAUUCAAUCCGCAUAUAAUAUUACGUCGAGAAAUAAACGCAAAAGACGAAGAAUUUCAUUACAUUAAUAACCUCAAGCCACCACCAUUUCAAAGACAAGAAGAAACUAGUGAAAGCGAAGAUUCUAGCAAUGAAUCUAGUAGAGAAGAAACAAAUUCGGAACAAGAUUCAAAUUCGAAUAUCGAAUCUGAUGAGGGUGAUUAUGAUGAGCCGCCAGGGGGCGGUGAUGGGCAAGGAGGUGGUCUAUUGGGCCUUCUAGCUGGACUAAGCGGGGGUGAAGAUGGGCAAUCAGAUUUAGGCUCACUUCUCGCCACUGUGAGCGGUAUCAUCGCUAACCUGAGUGGCGAUGGGAUCGACCUAAAUAGUCUCAUUGCUUCAGGGAUUGGAUUAUUCGUAGGACUGCUGUCUGAAGGCGAUCAAAACCCAGGAACAAUUGUUGCUAGCUAUCUUUUGACAUCAUUAGACACAAUUACUGGUGGUGGAUCGAAAAAUAACGGAGCAUUCUUUGGGAAUUUCCUUUCUAAACUAAUAGUUGGAACAAGCGCCGCUGGAGACCCAGAUGCAAGUUCAGAAGAGAACGGUCAACCUCAAAUGAAGGAUUCCGCUGGGUUCUUUUCAAGUCUUUUGAUGUCACUCCUAGGAGAAAUGUCUAAAAGUAGCUCUGGAGGCAGUUCGCAUCCAUGGAGAAGAUAUUAUAUGGAACAACAUCGAUUUAACAAUUCUUAGAUUACAUACUAAUAAAGAUGUAUUUAUAAGAUUUAUAAGCUACGUCUACGUCUACUAUCUUAAGUUUUCAAUAUCGUUUAUGUACUGAUUAUUGUUAAGAAAAACACCUUAAUAGUUAUUAGCACGGAUUAUUUAUUAAUUCUGGGUGUUAAAAAAUAAUAAAAAAAUGAAACCACAAUGGUGAU